CAUUUAUGUACAUUUUUUAUAAGACAUGAAUUAAACGUUACGAUACUCUUGGAAAUGGUUCGCGUGAUCUCAAUCUAUACACUUAACAUACCAAAAUCUUGAUUACUAUCGAGUACAUAUUGUUCACAAGAGUAACUGCUUAGUCUUGAUAAAAAGACGUCAUGAGAAAUGUUGGUUGUUUGCUUAUAAUGCUUAAUUUUUUGAAACAAAGAUUGUAAUAUACCUCGUAUCAACAAUUAAUGUAUAUUAAAUAUACAUUAAUGCUCAAAGUUCUAGACUCUUUACAAAUAAUUCUACAGUUCAAGAUUGACAAAUUAUAGUCUCAUCUUUUUAAACGUUGUUUCAAAUUAAUAUUCCUCAUUCCCGUCUCAAGAAAAUUUCCUCUGAUCUUAUAUAAAAAAAAAAAAGGAUGGGGAAGAGGGUUGGAGUACGUCGGUGGUCUCGGUAGGGUUGUCGUGGAUGCGCAUUGGGUAUCGAAGGAGUUUGUCCCGUAUCAACGUGGACGUUCCUGGAUCGCAUCGUCAGUAUGCGGCCGCGCAUUCCAUGUGGGAACACCUGUUUGCUCUUUUGCCUUCUUCGCCAACUUUCUCGAUCCCAAGCCGCGUAAAUUACCAUCGCGCUUGUUCUAUUUUAUUUAAGGUACCGAAAAGGAAACAUUACUCCUGUAAAUCACUUCAAAAACUUGAGGGAGAAGCGGACAGAGGGAAUACUUUGUCGAGCUAUUCUCGUCGAAAAUUAAAUGGCAGAAUAUUUUUAUCGAAGCGUCGUUAAUGUCGAGACGUACCAAGCGUGAUACCGUUGAACGAUAAUAAAAGAGAGAAACGAGCAACUCUGUAGAUUAUCGACGGAGAUCAAAAGGGAGAAUCGUUAAAACAUCGUUCGGUGAAUCUGCGCGUGAUAGAUCUAUAUAUCAAGAAUAAGAGAUAAGAAGCAAGACAUAAGUGAGCGAAAGAAGGAAACAAGAUACGAUAGAAAGGGCGAAGGAGACGAGGAAUAUUAUUGAGAGAGAGGAACGUUCUCGUGACUUCAACCACGUGUCUCUCGUGGUCCUCGUUUAAACACGCGACAGUACACUGUUGAUGAUAGGAAUUAUAAUUAAUAUUGGAAAAUUUAAUAGAAUAGACCUAAUGACCUAUUGUUUAGAAUGUUAAAGGAAUGAGUUUGACCCAGUACACGAGUUGGAUGCAUAACUCUAUUACGGUUGUCUUAACAUAUUAUCGGUAGAAUUUUUCUAGUUGGACAUAAAGAGACAAUCUCUCCAUGUUUUUUUUCUAAAUCAGAAAUACGAUCUCAGUAGUGUAUUUUGCAUCACGUUUGUAAGACACGACGGGCGCAUCGUACGGUAGGCAAGAUUGCAGCCGGGUAGAUUAUUUGUAGCCGUGUCGCCAUUGAGAUGGUUUUAUGGUAACCCCUUCCCCCGCGUACCUUUAUAUCGAGACUGAAUGGACAGAGAGAGUAGCCUCCUCUAUGAGAUAAUACGCCUGGUUGUGCCUAAGCCAUUCAGGCCCGAAGUCGGAUCCAUCGAAUCGCGAAAGAUCGCGCGAGGUGAGGGUGGACACCGUGCAGGCCCCUGCAGUCAUGCUCACCAUCCAAAACGACAUGUCACCGCGCAAUGGCUCGUGCGUGGCGGAAGUGAGCUCCGUGAGGAGUCUCUCGUCGGAUGAUGUUUCAGCGACCAAGCCACACCGAAAGAAGUCCUGCUGGGCACGUGCCACCGAUCCAGCUCAUCGCCGUGGACGUCGAAUCCAGCUCCUGCAAAUGCUGGUGCUGCCAUUCAUACCGAUCCUUGCGUUGAUCGUUCAGACGGCCAAUACGCUCCACGACAUCCUAAUUUAUCGGCAAGAGGUCUCAGACAUCGAGACACAGGUAACAAUUGCCACCGACUUGGGGAAAGUAGUGACGAGGAUGCAACUUGAAAGAUCCGAGGUUGCAUUCUUCAUUUAUACCAACGGGAACACCCUAAGGUCGAACUUGACGCAGAGGUUCGCCAUAACCGAUCAGGCUCUCCACAAUAUGACUACGUGGCCCCUGGUCUCGGUGCCGAGGGAUGAGAGCAAGACGCAAACCUAUGACGUAGUCAGCAAAGAGGCCUUCCAAGCACGCCUCGAGGAUUUCAGGCAAAAGAUAAGUUCAGAAGAGAGUAGCAUAACUGAAGUGAUGACAUGGUAUACAAGCGUAAACGCGGCGAUGCUGGACCACCUGACAAAUCAAAUCAAAGAAACGGAUAACAGUGGCGUUUGGAGGUAUUUGAUAGCCUUUAAAAAUUUACUGAGAAGCAUCGAGAGCCUGGGUAUUGCUUCCGUGUACGGAAUCAAUUACUUCGGACGCGGAAUCCUUGUGGGGGAUAAUUACGUCAGCUACGUACGCCACGAAGCUCUAGGACGUGAUCUUCUCACAGGAUCCCUUACAUACGUGCCUUCUCUUAAGCAUUUUUAUGCGGAACUCACUCGUACCAUGCCAGAUUAUAGCAGAAUAAAAUCUAGGAGAAACGAGAUCUUGAAGAACCAGAAGAGAGAGCCAAGCGUGGAUGACGCGAUCGCUUAUUUCGAUUCUAUGGCGACUUAUGUCGACGAGCUACGGAAACUUCAGCGAGAAUUACGUCACAUGAUAAGGAACUACGUGAAUUCAACCUUGCAAGACGCGAGCAACAAGGAAGUUGCUGGAAUAGCUAUAGUCGUCCUGGUGUUGGUCGUAUCCCCUAUUAUUAUAAUACUAGUACGUAACGCGGUUGCCACGAUACAAAUGUACGCUGCCAAUUUGGCUCAAAAGGCGCGAGAACUCAAACAGGAAAAAGGGAAAAGCGACACGCUGCUCUUCCAAAUGUUACCGCCUAGCGUCGCUCAACAAUUGAAGCAAACUCAACAGGUUCCAGCUGAAUACUAUGAAGCAGUGACCGUGUACUUCAGUGACAUAGUUGGAUUCACCGAGAUCGCUGCAGAGAACACUCCCCUAGAAGUUGUUACAUUCCUGAACUCCAUCUACAAGCUCUUCGAUGCUCGUAUAGAGUGCUACGACGUGUACAAAGUAGAAACAAUCGGUGACUCGUACAUGGUUGCCUCUGGCUUGCCAGUUAGAAACGGCGACAAACACGUAUCAGAGAUAGCGACGAUGGCACUCGAUCUUCUGGCAGCAUCGUCAGUGUUUCAAGUGCCCAAGAGACCAGGGGAACGACUUCAAAUCCGCAGUGGCGCUCACACAGGGCCUGUUGUUGCUGGAAUCGUUGGAAGCAAGAUGCCUCGUUACUGUCUCUUUGGAGACACGGUGAACACGGCCAGUCGUAUGGAAUCUACUGGGGAAGCUCUGCGAAUACACAUUAGCCUGGAAAUGAAGAAAGCUUUGGACGCCGUGGGAGGAUUCAAAAUAGUGCAUCGUGGUCUAGUGGACGUCAAGGGUAAAGGCCUGAUGGAUACCUAUUGGCUGGAGUGCAAGGAUGGUGGAAUCGCCCGUGCAGCGGAGCUAGAUCUACCCACGUUCUUCGAGGACGUUCGACCAGUUUUCAUACGUCGUCUAAGAGAGGAGGGCACUCUCUGAUGCGAG